AUGCUUACUCGGGCGGAACUGACGGUGUUGGCGUCGCCUAAAGUUCGCGAUCGCGUUCGUGCUUGGGACCAUAAAGAUAAACCGGUGACCAAACGCAAUUAUGCCGAGGUCAUCAAGCUUUGCGUUCCUUUUUUGACUCGAAUCGAGUGUAAGGGGCUUCUUGGUCUCUGUCGUGACGUCCACACCGCAGUGGUGGCUCGUUUGAUCGCCCGAAUGCUUGUCACUGCUAGUCCUCUGCAAAUCACAAAAGCGCCGGAUAUUUCCAUCAUCUCUUAUCGUUUGCUCUAUCGACUCAUUAAUUCGGGGCCGUUACACCGCGUGAAACAACUCUACCUUCACUCGCCUCCGGUUUCACAACAGUUUACUGAUAAACUCUGUCAAUUGAUCCCUCAGGCAGUGGUGGUUGUUAUUGGGUUUUACGAUGUCGAUAAAGCUACCCUUAAUACUGAUUUUGAAGUGGAACUGGGCCACGGAGCUGUGGCUCAGUACCUCAACCCGAGUCCCGUACGCUAUUCGCUUGACCACCUGCCUAUGAGUUUUGCUGUGGACAAUUUGACGUUGUGUAACGUUGAAUUCUCUCGGUUAUCGCUUAAAAAGCCAAUUUUGAAACCAAGUAAGCUUACGUUGAUGGGGGAGAUGGAUGUCCAGGUGAUGUCGUUGAUUGAUUUGGAGCAGGUGACCCAUUUAGCAGUGUACACACCUCUGCCCAUCGCCUUACUUCUUCCUACUCAAGCCAAUAAUAUUGAGUCGCUUUCCCUCUGUGUACCCAACCCACUCCGAUUCCUUCUUUCGUUGAAAGAAGGGUACUUGUCCCAUCUUGAAAUCUACUUCCGAACCCAACCCCCUCCAAAGCAAACGGAACUGUGCCUAUUGAAUCAUGCUGAUACGUUAACUACCGUGGCACUCAACUCGUAUACUACCGAAUUAUGUGCUGAUCCUUGGCUCGACGUUCACUGGCGUACCAAACCUCUAGACUCCAAGUCUAAAUUGUGGGGCGAGGAAGUGGUGGCGACAAUGAGACAAACCCCACGCAAAUACCCUCAACUCGAAGCGGUGACCGUGGACAACGUUAAAUACCAAGUGGGUCGAGUAUUGGGGGACUGGGUAUACACCAACGGCGUGUGUCAGUAG